AACAGGCCAAGUAAAAAAAGGAAGGAUUUAGGAUAUUACAUUGAAGAACCUCUUUCUCUAUUCUUUUUUGGGACGUCAAAAGGAGUCAGCCAUGGCAUUGCUAUCAGCUCCACCAUCCUCAUCUCUGCUCAUCAAUGGCUCAUUUACAUGUUCAUCACCCAAACCCACAUCCCUUUCUUGGGCUUCUUCCUUUCCCAAGCUUCCCAUCUCCUCGAUUUCUAUCGCAAAAUCUAUUCCCACUCUCUAUAAGGAUUCUUUCAUUCAAGCUGCUUGGACUCGAAGAUCUCGAGGAGAGGCUGCAAAAAGACCUAGCAGAAAAUCAUGGAAGCAAAGGACAGACAUGUAUAUGAGGCCAUUUUUACUAAAUGUUUUCUUCUCAAAGCGAUUCAUUCAUGCGAAGGUGAUGCACCGGGGCACCAGCAAAGUUGUAUCAGUUGCUACCACAAAUUCUAAGGAUUUGAGGUAUUCACUAAAAUCACUUACGGAUAACAGCGCCUGUAGAGUUAUAGGUAAUCUGAUUGCAGAGAGGUCCAUUGAAGCUGAUGUAUAUGCGAUGGCAUAUGAGCCCAAGAAGGACGAGAGAAUCGAGGGCAGGCUUGGAAUUGUCCUUGACACCAUCAAAGAGAACGGUAUCAUAGUUGAUGUAUGAAAAGGACUUCCCCCCCAUAAGACUUCUUUUUUUCCCAUGCCUAAAUGAUAAUGCACUAAAUUUGGCUUCUCCAAGAUAUGCUAAAAGGACUAUUGCUGUUCUCAAGUAUCUUUCAG